AUGGAUAUUGGCGACCACACUGGUACUCUUUCUCUUCGUCAGGAUGAUGCGUUGGAAAACUUCGGGCCUAUUGCCUUCACAACUUCAACUCCGAGUAACCCAACUCGACGAAGUGGAAGAAAGUCAUGGUUUGAUAAUUUGGGAAAUGCGGGGAAGGGUACUAAAUAUGAAAUUGCUGUGGAGAAAACGGUUAAGAGACGAUCAGUUUGUCGUAGAAAAAGCGAGGAUGAUGAUAUAGAAACUCUUACACUAACCCAUUUUACAAAUCCACCGAGGAUAAGCUUUGGUAGAGCAAAACCAGGAACGAUAAAAAGACGAAGUUUAUUAAUAAAAAAUCCCCACGAACACUCUCAAGAUGUUGUGGUAGAAAAAUUCCCGUUCAAAAAGCAUUUUGACAUUGAUGAAACGAAAUUCACAGUGGAAGCAGAGGGCACCUUGCUCUUGACAAUAACAUGGUCACCAGAGGACGAAGGCAACUUCAGGGAGAUGAUUCUACUUCAUGUCGACGGAUCUUACAGACUACAGGCUUUUGUUUUUGGCACCGUUGAAAAGCCUCCACAAAAGAAAAAAGUGGUUGGAAAAGGUCUUAUGGGAAAAGCUACAAAAAAGCCAUUUGCUGUCAUACAUACAACAAGCCUGGCCAACAUUGCCAAGUCAUACAGCCCAACAAAGGGAGAGGCGAGAAAGAGUGGUGAGGGACGCAAGAGGCUUUCCAAGGGAAGGGAAAAUAAAGUUAGUGUUAAAAAGACCCAAGUGAAACAAGAUAAUUCCUAUCCAAAACCAAAGCAGCAUUCAGCACAAGUAACUGAAUUUGUUGAUGGAGGUCUUGAUUCAAACAUCAAAAUCAGUCACAUUACCCCCAUCAAACCAGUUGAAGACCCUGUUAUAUCUGCGGCAGAAUUUGUAGUCCCUAAGGUAGUGAAAAUGCCUGGUAAAUCUUCAGUCAACAAACUCCAAGGUGACUUUCAGGAGGAGUUGGAGUGUCUGUCACCUUUAGUGGCUAAGUACCUUGAUAACAGUGAUGAUGAUGUUAUUGUUGUUAGACAAACUGUGAACAGUGAAGAUCAGAAAAAUCAGCUGAAUACACCAGAUAGAAUGAUGUUGGCUUCAAACAAAAUCUCGUCAUCAACGACUCAUGACACUCCUAAAAGCACUGUGCAAGUAGUUGAACCACACAAAAACAAACUAAACACAUCAAACAAAGUUGAUGUUGUGGAAAGAAAAACUCCUGAUAAGGAAAAUCAGUGGUUUGACCAAGAAGGGAAAGCAGAUGCACUGUCACCCAACAGUUUCCUGCAGGACUCUCUGUGUAGCCAGAGAGGUGUAGAUACCAGUCUGUAUGAUGCUGUCUCCACUAUCAGCAGACAACCAGCACAUUCCACUAUACUGCCAACCCCAGAGAGGAUGUCAUGUGCUAAUCAACACAAAGAUUUUAUUAGCCCAAACAAGUUUCUGAAGGAGUUGAAUGACACACAGGAAAGGCUUGAGUUGAGUCUCCAACAUGAUCCCGAUACUAUUCUCAGUCCUGAGUCCAUUUUGAACAGUUCAAUCCCACAUGCCAUCAUGGUUAAACAGUUACAGACAGUCAAAAUGUCUCUGGCUAGUCCAAAUCCUCCAGUAUUUUCACCUAUGUCUAACAAAAGAGAGACAUUUGUCCUGAAGUCUAACCUCAGUAUUAACCAAUCUCCAGCUCUUCGUAGGGAGACAUUCCUUAAGGGAAGAACAGUUACCAAAUCAAAGCCAUUUCCAUCCAGUUCCAGAAAUGCCCUAUUUACACAACAAGGGAAACAAAAGACAAAUACAAAGAAAAAGGACACAAAACCUAGAGUUGAUUCCAAUAACUUGAGGAAAAAGAGCAAGGAAGACUGUGAGAAUCUCUACAAGAAAACAAAUUGUGAAAAUGGAAAGUUCAGUCAAGACUGGAUAAAUGGAGUGAGUUCAAGUAAAGCUAUUCCUGUGUCACCUCUUCCUACAAAUAUUCCAUCUACUGGCAUACACCAAGGGGCCAUUAACACACCUGAAUUACUCUUAAAUUCUCAAGCCAUUACUGAUUCUGUGAGUUUAAAAACUACAGAUGGGAAUACUUUGUCAGGGAAAACAUUUACGCCAUCUGGUGUUGUUUCACUUAACACAAAAAGUACUAUCUUGGAGACCCCUGCUAACUUGACUGUAGACACACCUGUAGCAGAAAUGCUUUCUGUCAGAGUUCCUGCCAUCAGUAUGCAACUUCCCUGCGAUAUUCGUACAGGAAAACAUGACAGGAUGAGUCAAGAUAGUCUUGAGGGUUCGGUUUUGGCUAUAGACUCAACAACAGUAAUGAAGGAAAAAACAUUGAAUGAUAUCACUCCAGAAAGGCAGACUUCAACAGGGAAGAGGCUGUUAACACCUGAAAAUGAAGUGUCGCCACCACAAGAUUACAGCUUCCAGUCCCCAAGCAAUCUUCCUGAAGAUACACCAAUGAGAGAAGUGUUUACACGUCGGACCACUCUGACAGUCACCAAGGAGAAACCGUCUGAUGCUCUCCUACAGGUCACAAAGAAACAUAUCUCCUCUCAACUAAACACAGAAGACAAAGCUAUUACCUCUGAUAACACAGUUCACAAUCUGACAAAUGGUUCUCCAAGACUGCAUACAGCUGUUCCAGAGGAAAAUCCCGAGCGAUGCAUUUCUAUUUUGUUAAGAAAUAGCACAACUUCACAUCCUGUAGAGCACACCCCAACUGAUGUUAGUGUCAGAAGCAUUGACAAUAAAACCAGCAGUUUUACAACAACCCCUCAUCAGUUACCAACCAGUCCAAACCCUGAUAAUUCCCGGCGGUCUACACAUGUUAUUGAGAAGCCAAAGGUUCUUGACCUCAGCAUCAUUGGGAGAAAGCGUCUGUUUCCACCACUGGAAGAUUCAGCUGAUGAAUCUGUCACUCAAAAAGACAACUUGACAACAGUAACAGUUGCUGCUACUUCUAGUACACUGGAUGUUGUUCCUGUGCAGUUGGCAACUGACCAUUCUGACAACUUAACAUUGGAUAUUAGCCGUCACACUAAGCAGGCGAGUGAAGAAAAAUCCCAAGAUGAAGGUAUUCCUAGCAAUGAUGAAGUUUCUUUGAAAUCUGAUCUUGGGAAAUCUUGUGUUCCCGAUAUUGGAGAUGAAGAAAAGCAAAAAGUUGAUAUCACUUCAGUCAAGCAAAGCCCAGACAAAAUGGUGACAAUUUCACAAGAGAGAAAACCGUAUGUUGCCUUCAUAACAGGUUCUCCUGUUGAUCCGCCUUCUAAACAACCCAGAGUGACCAACAGAACUAAGGAGAUUGUAAAGAAGCGUACCCACAGUGAGAACAGAGCUGUGGAUCGGGUCGACAACAAGAGACUGAGGUCCACUGGCACUAUAAACACGGGUAUGUCUGGGAGAAGCCAGACUGUCUCUUCAUUGUCUCAUUCUACCACCAGACCAAGACCAGCAACAGCCAGUAAAAGAGACAACAAAACAGGUGGACCACUGAGAACAUCCAGUAAAUUCAAGAGUUCACUGAAAGGCGUGGCACAGACCAAACUCAUCCUGAUGAAAAAAUCACAUCCAACAGCUUUACCAAAGCACCCCAUGCCCUUUGCAUCAAAGAAUAUGUACUAUGAUGAGCGGUGGAUUGACAAACAGGAGCGAGGCUUUGUGCACUGGCUCAACUUUGUGUUAACACCUGCGGAAGAGUAUCAGCACAGCAACAAACAAGUAAAAGUUGAUGCGGGGGCUCUGUCUGUGGAGGCUAGUCGAGCUAGUGUUAAGCUGGCACCAAGCAAAGAAGUUCUGUCCAUACGAGCUUACACUGCAAGACGCAGACUCAACCAGCUUCGUCGAGGUGCUUGUAAUCUCUUUCAAACAAAGGAAAUAAUUUGCGUGAUUCAGAAACUAGAGGCAGAAAUUGAAAGUCUGCGACUGGUGAUCCGUAAAGACAAGAAAGUACAUGCAGACCUUGGUAUGAAACAGGACAUUCUUGACAUGAUCCUUUCCUUCAAUCCACUGUGGCUAAGGAUUGGUUUAGAGACGGUUUAUGGAGAGAUGAUUCCCAUGCAGAACAACACUGACGUAAUCAGUAUGUCUCGAUUUAUUGUCACUCGUCUACUCAGCAAUCCAGACAUUGCCUCAGAGUAUUGUCAUCCUACAGUACCACACCUGUAUCGUGAUGGUUAUGCUGAGGCCAUUGCCCAACACCUGCUGAAGAAGGUCUUUAUGUUGAUCUACUUCCUUGAUAAAGCCAAAUCACACAGACUUAUCAACCAUGACCCAUGUCUCUUUUGUAAAGACUCAGAGUUCAAGUCAACAAAAGCCAUGCUGAUUCAGUUCUCCAGAAACUAUCUUAGCGGGGAAGGAGAUGUUACAAAACACCUUGGUUACCUUGGUUACGUGGUAACUCAUCAACAGACCUCCAUGGACGAAUUUGAUUACGCUGUUACCAAUCUGGCUACAGACCUUCGCGAUGGUGUCAGACUGACACGUGUAUUAGAGCUACUGACCAAUCACUGGGAUUUAUCUCGGAGUCUUAGAGCUCCAGCCAUCAGCCGUCUCCAAAAGGUUCACAACAUGGAGGUGGUGUUUAAAGCAUUAACCACGCAAGGUGUUACCUUUGACAAGGAGAAAAAGAUAACUACUAAGGACAUUGUGGAUGGACAUCGUGAGAAGACCCUUCAUGUUUUGUGGGCUCUUAUCCUACAGUAUCAGGUGGAUGUGUUGUUAAAUAAGGAAAAUCUGAGGGAAGAGAUUAACAUCCUACAGAGAAGUUUGUAUGUGAGGAACCAACUAGCAGCUUUGCAGAGAUAUGAACAAGGGUUGAGCAAGAAACGGCGUGAGUCAUCGGAGCAGGACUUACAUUUACAGAGUGAUAGCCUGUUGUUGCUGCUGCGCUGGUGUCGCACCGUGUGUGCCUUCUACAAUAUCAAGAUUGAAAACUUCACUGUGUCUUUUGGAGAUGGCCGUGCGAUGUGUGCUUUGGUCCAUCACUACCAUCCAGCUCUCCUUCCUUGGAACUCUAUUAACACUAAGACUACCUUGACGUAUCAAGAUACCCUAGAUGAGGAGAUGUGUAGUCGUAACCAAGAUCUCAACUCCUCUGAAGUGUUUAGUCCAGCUCCAUUUCCAGUGGCUGAAGAUCCAGUACUGUUUGAAGAAUUCCUUUCCAAUGAGAAGGCUAACUUCAAGUUACUGUAUGAGAAAGUAUCAGAAUUAGGAGGUAUUCCCCUGAUGCUGCGGUCGAUGGACAUGUCCAACACCAUUCCCGAUGAGAAAGUUGUGGUCACGUACAUCUGUUACUUGUGUGCACGCCUAUUGGAUAUCAGGCAUGAGUCACGCGCAGCAAGAGUCAUCCAGCUGGCAUGGCGUAGACACUAUCUGAGGAAAUCAAAGAAGGAGCUACAGAGCAGAAAAGUUAGUAACUCGUAUGUAGAACUUACAGAAAAGGGAGUUACUCACAUGCAGUGCAGAAAAAUGAAGCAUGACGCAGCUAUUGUCAUCCAAAGAGCAGCAAGACGUUUCUUGAGUUCCAGACAGGCUGUCAGGAGAAAUGAGGGGGCAAAGGUCAUACAGAAACAUGUGAGGGUGUGGCUGGCUCGGAGGACUAUCGCACAGCUGAGAGCGGCAAAAGAGGAAAGGUGUCGCACAAAUGCUGCUUGUGUUUUACAGGUGGCCGUCAGGAAGUGGCUGAAAAAGCAAAUGACCAAGAAAGAGACAGCUGCUGUCAGAAUUCAGGCUGCUUGGAGAUGUCACAGGGAAAGGAAAAGGUUCAGACAAAUCAAGUCUGCCUGUGUUAUCAUACAAAACCAAGCACGGAUGUACUUACAAAGAUCACGCUAUGGAAAAGUCAGACAGGCUGUGAUUUGUAUACAGCGAAGAUAUAGAGCCCAUCAUUCUAUGACGAGUCAUAGGAAAGAAUUCCUGCAAAUAAGAUCUGCUGCCAUCACCAUACAGAGUAGAUACCAAAGUCUGGUGCAAAGGCGACUGUUCCUCCGACUAAGAGCUUCUGCAGUGAAAAUUCAGGCUACAGUUAGGACAUGGAUAGACAGACGUAGGUAUUUGUCACUCAGGCUUGCUACAAUAAACAUACAGCGACAUUAUCGUGCCAGGCAAAAAUCAGCAGAAGUCAGAAAGGAAUUCCUUUUGCAGAAACAGGCUGCUGUUUUGAUUCAAGCUCACUUCAGGAGUUACACGGUCAGAAAAAACAGGAAACGCCUUCAUGCUGCAGCCGUCGUCAUUCAAAGUCGCUUCAAAGGUCUUCAUGACCGUAAGAGAUACCUGAAAGUGAGAUCUGCUGUGGUUACACUACAGAGAUGGAUACGGGCAGUUACUCAAGGCAGAAAGGCAAGGUCAGAUUUUAAAAAGGUCAGGUCCUCAGUGGUGAAAAUACAAUCUGUUUACAGAAGUCACAGGGCAAGGUCAGACUUUUUAACAAAGAGGUCUGCAGCUAUAACCCUUCAAGCUCACAUCAGAGGUCAUCAGAAAAUGGAAGCAUUUAAGAAACUGAAGGCUGCUGCAAUAAACAUACAGAGAAGAUUUCGAGCUCAGAGAGAGGGAGAAAGAGUGAGAAGACAGUUUUUAGUACAGAAGGGUGCUACGAUGACAAUACAGGCUUUCUAUAGAGGUCACAAGGUCAGACAGCAUAUAAAGUGUCAACAUUUAGCAGCCACUAAAAUUCAGGCGGUGUUUAAGGGACACGUACAGAGGAAUAUAUUCCUUAGGGUGAGAAAGGCAGCCUUAAUUAUACAACAGAAGGUCAGAGCAAAAUUUGAAGGAAACAUAGUAAGAAAAGAAUUUCUAAUAAAGAAAGGAGCUGCCAUGACAAUACAGGCACAUUUCAGGGGACACAUGAUCAGAAAGAACAUAAAACGCCUUCAUGCUGCAGCCGUCGUCAUUCAAAGUCACUUCAAAGGUCUUCAAGACCGUAAGAGAUACCUGAGAGUGAGAUCUGCUGUGGUUACACUACAGAGAUGGACACGGGCAAUUACUCAAAGCAGAAAGGCAAGGUCAGAAUUUGAAAAGGUCAGGUCCUCAGUGGUGAAAAUACAAUCUGUUUACAGAAGUCACAGGGCAAGGUCAGACUUUUUAACAAAGAGGUCUGCAGCUAUAACCAUUCAGGCUCACAUCAGAGGUCAUCAGAAAAUGGAAGCGUUUAGGAAACUGAAGGCUGCUGCAGUAAACGUACAGAGAAGAUUUCGAGCUCACAGAGAGGGAGAAAGAGUGAGAAGACAGUUUUUAGUACAGAAGGGUGCUACUAUGACAAUACAGGCUUUCUAUAGAGGUCACAAGGUCAGACAGCAUAUAAAGUGUCAACAUUCAUCAGCCACUAAAAUUCAGGCAGUGUUUAAGGGACAUGUACAGAGGAAUAUGUUCCUUAGGGUGAGAAAGGCAGCCUUAAUUAUACAACAGAAGGUCAGAGCAACAUUUGAAGGAAACAGAGUAAGAGAAGAAUUUCUGACAAAGAAAAGUGCUGUUUUGACCAUCCAGGCAUACUUCAGAGGUCAUGUGGUUAGACAGGAAGUAGCAACGAUGAACUCGGCAGCAAGCAUGAUACAAUCUAAGGUCAAAGGCUACCUUCAACGAAAAAGGUUUCUGAGGCUGAAAGGUGCAGUUUUAGUUAUUCAACAGCGAUUUGCUGCACAGUUAGCGGGACGACGCCUUAGACAGGAGUUCUUGGUGAGGAAAGGUGCAGCUAUGACAAUACAAGCAGCGUACAGGGGGUACACAGUCCGUAAAGAAUUGGAUAGAUAUAACAAUGCAGCUGUGAUCCUCCAGAGCUUUUACAGAGCCCAUAGAGCCACUACCUUGUAUAAACAGCAAAGAACAGCAAGUAUACAUAUACAGCAGUGGUACAGGAACCUCAUGUUUACCCGACAAAUCAAGGCAGAAUAUUUCAGGAUGAGGGCUGCAGCAGUCACUAUUCAAGCCUGGUACAGAUGUCAUAAAGCUGUUCAAGCUCUGAAAAUGGACAAAUCUCGUGUGAUCACAGCACAGGCAGUUGUCAGGGGUUUUCUGCAGAGGAGGCGUUUCGUCAAACUUUGUCAUGCAGCUGUACUUAUCCAGCGCAGAUUUGUUGCCAGGAGGCAGUGCAUUAACAUGCGAAGAGCAUUCCUUAUCAAGAAAGGUGCAGCCAUGACAAUACAGGCUGCAUUUCGAGGCCAUCUGGUUCGGCGAGGUUUAAAGAGGAUGCAUGCAGCUGCUGUAGUUAUACAGAGUUCUUAUAGAACUCAUCAGGCUGUGUUAUCAUACAGUAAACAGCGCAAGGCGGUGACGACCAUUCAGUCAUGGUAUAGAAACUGGCUCUACUCUAGAACUGUACGCUCAGACUAUCUCUCCAAGAAAAAUGCAGCUGUAGUCAUUCAGAAACAUUACCGAUGUUUUCUGGCUAGAAGGAUUUAUCUUCGUGAACUUUCCAACAUCAUACUUGUCCAGGCCCUGGUCCGUGGUGUGUUACAAAGGAUAGCGUUCAGACGACUUCAGUGGGCUGUCACUGUUUGUCAGACACAAUACCGUUCCAUGCUGGCAAGUCAUCAACAACGGUGCUGGUUUCAAAAUCUCCGAUCUGCAGCCAUCGUGUUUCAAUCAGCUUGGAGGAAACGUAGAGCCCAGAUGAUGUACAUAAAAACUAGACAAGCAGUCAUCUUAUUGCAGUCACAUGUCAGAAUGAUUCAAGAAAGAAAACAUUUCUGUCAGUUGAAAGCAGUCACUAUUAGGUGUCAAAAACUUGUUCGUUCAAAGCGCCAAAUGCAGGAAUGUCGCAAAGACUAUCUGAUUACACUAGGCGCUGUUAUUACCAUUCAGGCUCAUGUUAAGUCUUACUUGGUACAAAAACAAUACCAUGCCACCCUGAGGUCCGUGAUCUGUAUUCAAGCACAUGUGCGAAGAUUCCUUGCACAGAGACAAUAUAGGAAAGUAUACAAUAAUGUUGUCGCUGUACAGACUCGCUUCAAGGCCAAUAUAGCUGCAAAGAAGCAAAGGAGCCUAUUCCUUGUGCAAAGGAAAGCAGCCAUAGUAAUCCAGACUGCUUUUAGGAAACAACAAGCCAGAAGACAUAUGCAGAGAGUCAGGUCAGCCAUUGUAAUCCAGAAAAUUUUCAGAAUGUUUGUUACUAGACAAGAUUUCAUGAGACAGAAAAAUGCUGCUAUAGUGUUGCAGUCCCAUCACAGAGCAUGCAUAGCACGUCGGGAGAAAGAAAGACGCAAGCUUGCAGUUGUAUCUCUCCAAAGGGCAAUGAGAAUGUUUUUAUUCAGACAGAGGCUUCGUCAAUGGAUGCAACGGAGAAAUGAGGCUGCGAUGAAAAUUCAGUGCUGUUUACGAGGCUACCUAGCCCGUCGAUGGGUGAGGAAAACCAAGUCAGCCAUUGUUAUACAGUCUGUAUACAGGAUGUAUCAUCAGAGGAAUCUGUAUCGUCGUACAACCAAGAGUAUCGUACUCUUACAGAGUGCAUUACGAGGAACCCUAGCCAGACGAAGGGUGAAUCAUACUCGCACACAGCACAGUGCUGCAACUUGUAUACAAAAUGCCUACAGAUCAUUCAAGAGGAGACAAGCAGAGCAGGUAUUGAGGAGGAGAAGAAUGAGGUACCUACACAAGUUCAGUGAAGUGGUGUCUGCCCACCUGUCUGCCAUGAAAAUACAACGCUGUUACCGUAACUACCGAGUCCUGUUGGUUGCACAGCAACGCCUUAACACCAUCAUAAUUAUACAGCGAUGGAUGAAGGCAAAGUUGGCUCGUAUGCGAUUUCUACGGUUUGUGUCAGCUGUCAGGGUGGUUCAGGCAAGGGCGAGACAGUAUCUCCAUCUCCGUCAGGCCUCUGUGAUAAAACUGCAGGCAGUUGUUAGGAGUUGGCUAGCACGACGAUGGAUCGUCCGUCGAGAAGAAUCGGUCAUAAAACUUCAGUCUAUCUGGAGAGGCAGGAAAGUAAGAAAGGCUUAUCGCUCAAAGAAAUUUGAAACUAUCCGCAAGAACCUGAAGGAGGCGACAAAGUCUGCUACGGAGGAUAGAAAGCUAGGGAACAGGACAGAAUCAGCACUGGAUUAUCUCCUUAAGUACAAGCAGCUGUCACAGAUCCUUGAAGCUUUGAUUCAUCUCGAAACAUCGACACGUCUGUCACCAGCCUGUUGCCAGCGGAUGGUGAACGUUAAUGCCGUCGGAGUGAUCUAUCGUCUGAUACAGAGUUGUAAUCGUAGUCAACCACACAUGGAGAUCAUCCGGUAUUCCAUCAACAUUCUGCUCAACCUAGCAAAGUAUGAAAAAACUCGUUCUGCAGUUUAUGAGGUAGAAGGUGCCACAGAAUGUCUUCUUGAGCUGAUGCAAGUGUAUCGAGAGAAGGGACACAUUUUCAGCUGUUCUUGUACCCUGAUGGGUAUCCUGGGCAUGAUGGAUGAUAAGAAACAGAUGGUACUUGCUGACAAAAAGAUGACGGGCAAAAUUUUGAGUAUCUAUACUCUGACUUCAAGAAAACACAAGAUCACAGAGAACAGGAUGAUCAGACAAGCCAAGAUUUCCGCAGCCAAAAGUUUUAAUGCUUCUUUGCCCAUUUUGACCUUACAGAAAAGACAGAAUCGGAUCCAUCCUGAUUGGGUUUUACAACGCAACCAAAUGAGACAUAUAGAGGAUCCCCUCCAAGCUAUCAAGUUUGUGCUGGACAACUUUCAGCUCACCCCAAAGUGA